UGAGUAUGAACGAUAUGCGCUGCCGAUUCUGUAAACAAGCGCUCGGAGCGUGACCAUGGCGCGAGGCUCGAGCUCACGACCGCGUCCACAAUUAUUCUCCCCUUAAGCCCUUACCCUCACCGUGAACCACUUUCCAACGAGUGGGGACAUCCGUCAUGUGGUACUUUUGCCUUGCAUUGAAGAAAGUGCUGAUAGUUGAUGACUCGCAGAGAAGCGAUCUGUAUGACCAGUACAACACGUUCCCUCUGCGCCAUUUUUCCCUUUCACCCGUGUUUGCACUUCGAUACUUCACUGUCCCAUCGUUACUGGCAGCAAUGUCCUCGCCAUCCAUUGCAAGGAUGGCAUCAUGAUGGCUGCCGACAACCUCGCAUUUUACGGCGCGCUCUCUCGCUUCAGAAAAUCCAGUGUCUGUACUCGGUGGGCUCAUCCACCGUCGUCGGGAAAUCCGGAGGCAUGUCUGACUUCCAAUACAUUCAGCACAGGCUCGAUGAGCUCAUGGUCGAAAAAUUCACCUAAGGUGAUGGGCACGAGCUGGGUCCUGCUGAGCU